CACUGAUAACAACAAAACAAAUAUGGCGUCUUUUCUUAACAUCCACAAUUUUUUUAACAUAACUGAACUGUUUCUUAAAUUAACUUUACUAAAUAAUUAUCAAUUUCGAAGCAAUCUCGCAAUUAAUUUAUCCUGAUAAAUUAUAAAAUAUGCGCUAUCGGAAUAUGUUCGUGAAGUUGUCAUGAAUGUUUACAAACUAAUGUAACCUACAAAGUAGUUUUCGUGGUAUCUAUAAAAAAAUUGGCUAAAAUCACGGCGUCCAAAAAGUCAGCAGAUUCACCCCAUCUAGCAGCAGAGAGCAAAUUUAGGAUGCCAGCUGCUAGUUUUGGUAUAUCUCAACUACCAGCUAAUGGUGAUUGUGGUAUAAAGGAUGUAUGGAAUCACAAUCUUCAUGAAGAGUUCCAACACAUAAGACAAGUUGUACAGAAGUUUCAUUGGGUUGCAAUGGAUACUGAGUUUCCUGGAGUAGUAGCACGGCCAAUUGGAGAAUUCAGAUCUACUGCUGACUACCAAUAUCAGUUGCUCAGGUGUAAUGUGGAUUUGCUAAGAAUAAUCCAACUUGGUCUCACAUUUAUGGAUGAAAAUGGCAAAACACCACCAGGUUACACCACUUGGCAAUUUAAUUUCAAAUUUAAUUUGCAAGAAGACAUGUAUGCACAAGAUUCUAUUGAUUUACUCCAAAAUUCUGGAUUACAGUUCAGGAAACAUGAAGAAGAUGGAAUUGAGCCUUUAGAGUUUGCUGAGCUCCUAAUGUCAUCAGGUCUUGUUCUCAUGGAUAACAUAAAAUGGCUUAGUUUUCAUUCUGGCUAUGAUUUUGGUUAUUUAUUGAAACUUCUCACAGAUCAAAAUUUACCACAAGAUGAAAAUGAUUUUUUUGAGAGUCUAAGGUUAUACUUUCCAACUGUUUAUGAUGUAAAGUAUUUAAUGAAAUUAUGCAAGAAUUUAAAAGGCGGACUUCAGGAAGUAGCCGAUCAGUUAGAAUUACGAAGAGUAGGGCCACAGCACCAAGCUGGCUCUGAUUCACAUCUUACAGGAAUGGCAUUCUUCAAAAUAAAAGAGAUAUUUUUUGAUGACAACAUUGAGAGUUCAAGUGGUCACCUGUAUGGUUUAGGCGCGCCCUUUUCAGUCAACGCAAAUAACUUUCAAGACAAUGGGGAAAAUGGAAAUUCAUCCUGAUCAGGAGAUUCGGUGUGCAUUAGCCUCACACCGAAACCACGCGUCUUCCACCUGACAGAGUGAUUUCGCGUAACAUACAACAAAUAUAUUAUGUGCACUGUAUAUGGGUACCUGUUUUUAAAUGUACAGAAUUAUAUACAUGUUCGUUUUGAGAAUAAUUACAAAAUCUCUAUAAAUGUGUGAUUAUAUUUGAAAUAUGUAACACAAUAUGAAGAAAUCACAGAAUAGUUACAACCAAAUUAAGUGAAAUUCUGCAAUUUAAUUUUUAUAAUGAUAUUUACACCCUCUUAAUGAGUAGUUUGAGCAUAUCCCUAUAUACUUAAACUAUUCUUUGACACACAUCUAAUACUUGAGAAACUGAACAAUUCUGCUUUUGAAUUAAUAUUAAUCUUUUUAAAUUGCAAAUUAUUAUUUGUAGAGUGUUAUUGAAAUAUAAUAAUAUCUAUCUUUUCUCUAAAACUGAUACGAAAUGCAAACAGCCUUGAAUUUAAAUAAUUGUUGUUAAUACAAAAGAAGUUAUAAUAAGUUAAAAGGUCACAAACUUUUUAACCUCUACUAUUAGAAAUCGGCGUAACAUACUUAAGAAGUAUGUUCAUAAAAAUUACGUACCCAAAUAUUCUAAUUUAAAUAAAAUUUGGGGUUAAUCGGUACAUACUUGUAAAAUUUUGCAAAUGUAUUUUAUACAGGAACUAAUUAUUGAUUAAAUCAUUUGCCAUUUCUAAUAGUUAAAUCGUAUCUGUGCAUCGGAAAAUGUAUACCUUAAAAAUAUUAUCAUAUUUAAAUAUAGUUAUGUUGUCCGCUAAUGCUUAAAGAUACCUAUCUCGACAUUGUUAUCAACCGAGUGUCGAAAUUUUCAGUCACAAUUUGAAAAUAAUUUUUCUUUCCCAGUUUCAAUUAAUUUACAAAUUUAUUAUUUAUUUUUAAAAGCUAUUUAUAUAUUUAUUAGUAUCACAUUUUAUUGAUGCAUUUUAAUAUAUUUUAUUUAUAUUUAACUUCAUAUUAAGGUUUCAUUUCAAA